GGUGUAGCUGAGCUCAGUGAGCUGUAGCCCUGUCGGUAGUAGUAGCGUCAGUAGUCCCUUGCAUCGGUCUAGUCGAUGGACCCCAACCGAUUUUCAGCUCCCCACCUGCCAACAAGAUAAGGUACAUAGCUUAAUUCUUCCCACAACAUCGAUUCUUCCCUUCUCUCUGCUUCACAUACCAGCUAUUAAACGUCGACGAUCAGUCAGUAUGGCCGACACUGCGAAACCCACCAAGAAGGCAUCGCCUAUCAAGAACGGCUACCUGAUCCUUUACAAUGCUGUGUCUGCCGUCCUCUGGCUGACCGUGCUUGGCCGCGUCGUCGGCGCGAACGCAACAGGUGGACCUCUGUUGGUAUACCCGACAGUCGGCGAAUUCUGCAAAUGGACGCAGACCUUGGCUGGUAUGGAGGUCUUGCACUCGAUACUAGGCGUCGUCCGUGCCCCCUUCUUCACGACAUUCAUGCAAGUCUUUAGUCGAUACGCGAUCGUAUGGGGCGUAACCGGCCUCUUUCCCGAACUCGCCCUCGGUAGCGAUAGCGGUGACACCUACUCGAGCCUGGCCUAUUCGUCGAUGCUAGUCGCCUGGGCUACGACCGAGAUAAUCCGGUACUCCUAUUUUGCGCUGGGUUUGUCGUCGGGUGGAAAGCCGCCGUACGUCCUGCACUGGCUGCGAUACCACGCCUUCUUUAUCCUCUAUCCUGUCGGUAUAUCUAGCGAGGCGUACCUGAUCUGGCGUGCUGUUGAGCCUGCUAAGGAGGCGGUCAGCCCGUUGUACUCGACGGUGCUUUUUGGAUACGUGGCGUUGGUGUACCCUCCGUCGGCUUAUAUCCUAUACACGCAUAUGAUGGCUCAAAGAAGGAAGGUUAUGAAGGGAACUAAGACGUCGGACAAGAAGGCUUCAAAAUAGAGCUGGACAUCCUUUGCCAUAUAUCACAACGCCACAACAGUACAUCGAGCUCUAAUGCCAUUUGGGUGAAAUAAUAUAUUCAUGGAUACCCUAGAAGGAUAGAGU